GUCAUCAUCACCACCUUUAAAAAAACACCGCAAGAAUCCCAGCGCCCGCACGAGCCGAGCCAGAUGGAGAUUGGUACGCUUGCUAGCAUAUUCACCACCCUAUACUUUUUCUACCAUGCCGUCGUCCGACCAGGGAGAUGGGGCACGUUCUUUGCUAAGCUGGGCGUUGGCCUGGCCCUCUAUAGCAUCCCGCUUGCAUUGCUAAUUGACUCAACCGAACGGGAUGGCGAUAUCCAGCUUGCUAUGGCCACCUCGCUACUCAGCAGUACUGGCCUCUUUCUCUUUAUAGAUUGGACAAGGCAGUGGCAGACCAUCUUCCGCCAUGCCCUCUAUAUGAUCCUCUUCCAGAGCGCCACGACAAUAUACGUCCUCUACAGCAAUCACGACGGCCUGAAGCUGCGGCAUGCCACCUUUCUUGUCCGCCGAUUUCCUCGAAUGCUCAUUAAUUUCUGGAUGGUUACGCUACCUGAGACUGUUCUGCCUGCCAUCAAAAUGUCGCUCCAAUACCUCUAUCUGCAGAAUAAGUCCAAUAUCGACGAACUCCAAGCCGAUCCGAAAAUUACGUUACCUAUUCAAUAUCCUGACGGCACUACGACGACAAUCCUAAUUUGAAGACGAAAAAUAAUAGAAUGCUAAGAAGCGAUUGCAUUAUUCAUUUUAUACUAUGAGAUACUCAUACCGCUAGGCGGCUAUCAUAUACAAAUACCCCCAAACAGGGUAGCACCACAUUGCCUCUCCCUUACUGGACAUUGUUCUGCUUGCGUCCCUUAAUGUCAUAGCGAUCGAGCUCCAUGACCUUGACCCAAGCCUUGACAAAGUCCUUGACAAACUUGUCCUGGGCGUCAGAGCUAGCGUAGACCUCGGCAACAGCGCGGAGCUCAGGGUGGGAGGCAAAGAUGAGAUCGGCGCGGGACGCGGUGUACUUGGCCUUGCCAGAAUCCAAGUCCUUGCCCUCAAACAGCUCAUCGUCACUGCCAGACACGGGCGACCAAACAGUCGACAUGUCCAACAAGUGGUUGAAGUAGUUGUUGUUGAGCUUGCCGGGAGUCUCGGUAAGCACACCAGUGCUAGAGCCAUCAAAGUUGGCAUCGAGAGCGCGGAGGCCACCAACCAAGACGGUUAGCUCAGGAGGGCUCAAAGUAAGCAGGGCAGCCUUGUCAACGAGGAUCUCUUCGGUCAAGGAGCGCUUGGUGCCCUUGCCAUAGUUGCGGAAGCCAUCGGCAACAGGCUCGACUAUACUAUGUUAGCACUAAAUAUAUUUGAUGGGGGGAGUAGAAUCGACUUACGGUAGGCAAAGGACUUGACAUCUGUGUCGUUUUGCUUGGCAUCGACGCGGCCGGGGGUGAAGGGAACAGUGACUUGGCUACCAGCAUCGUGAGCGGCCUUUUCGACAGCAGCAGAACCGCCGAGCACAAUCAAAUCAGCAAGCGAAACCUGCUUCUUCUUGUCGUGGGCAUUGAACUUGUCCUUGAUGUCGUUGAGCUGUAUACUCUGUUAGAAUCCAUGUGCAUGUACAAUAGAAGGAACUGCGGUAUGCAUGAUUAGACUUACAGCCUUGAGAACAGUCUUGAGACGGUCAGGGUUGUUGGAAGGCCAAGAGACCUGGGGUUCAAGGGCAAUACGAGCACCGUUGGCACCACCACGCUUGUCGGAAAUACGGAAGGUAGAUGCGGAGCCCCAAGCCGUGGUGAUGAGGCUGGAAAUGUUCAAACCAGGGGCAGCCAGGAUUUGCUUCUUGAGAUCGGCAACGUCUCUGUCGUUGAUGGCCUCGCAGUCACUAGUAGGGAGGGGAUCUUGCCAGAGGAGAGCCUGCUUCUUGGGAAGCUCGGGACCGAGGUAACGGCUAAGGGGACCCAUGUCACGGUGCAGGAGUUUGUCUAACAAGGAUUAGCAUAUUGUUACGAAUUAAUUGACGGCACCGCGCCAGUAUGACAACUU